UGUUCGCAUCUUCACUUUAUUCGAAGUGAACAAGUGUUUAAGUCAAUAUGAAAUCGUUAGCGGUGUAUCUUUUUGUCCUUUCAAUUCUUAACGCUUCUAAUGGAGAAGCUCCGAUAACUGGAAAUUAUCUUCCUCCUUCAUCGGGUGGAGGUGGUCCUUCUUCAACAUACGGUGCUCCAUCGUUUGGGGGAGGCUCGUUCGGAGGUAGCUCCGGCAGUGGAGGAAGCUUUGGAGGUGGUUAUAGAGCUCCAUCGCAAUCUUAUGGAACUCCUUCUCAAAAUUAUGGAGCUCCAAGUGGUGGAUCCCACGGAGGAUUUGGUGGAGGCAGUUUCGGAGGUGGAAGUGGUGGAAGUUUCGGUGGUGGUCGCCCAACCACUAAUUACUUACCUCCAUCGACUUCUUAUGGAACUCCAUCGAGACCUUCUUCAACUUAUGGUGCUCCUUCUGGAGGAUUUGGAGGUGGAUUUGGUGGUGGAAGACCAUCAACUACUUACGGUGCUCCAUCUGGUGGAUUUGGAGGCGGAAGACCAUCGAGUACUUACGGCGCCCCAUCUGGUGGAUUUGGAGGUGGAAGACCAUCGACCACCUACGGAGCCCCCUCUGGUGGAUUUGGAGGUGGAAGACCAUCCAGCACCUACGGAGCUCCAUCUGGUGGAUUUGGAGGCGGAAGACCAUCAAGCACCUACGGAGCUCCAUCUGGUGGAUUCGGAGGUGGUAGUUUCGGUGGAGGAUUUAAACCAUCUACUUCUUAUGGAGCACCUUCAGGUGGAAGACCAUCUUCAACUUACGGAGCCCCAUCAUCUUUUGGCGGUAGCAGUUUCGGUUCUAGCGGUUUCGGCGGAUCCGCUCCUUCUCAAUCGUACGGCGCUCCAUCUCAACAAUACGGAGCCCCAUCAUCCGGCGGCCAACAAUACUCCAGCAACGGCGGAUACUCGUACUAAAUCCGAUUAUUUUUCUGGACCCAACGCGUACCUGAGACAACAAUUUCUUCUUUGUAAAUACCGAUGUCGAAAUCACGUAAAUGAAAAAUCUUUAAAGGAAUUCUUAAAAAAAUAAUAUCUUAACUUUAAUUUAUUACUUAUCGACGACGGCGUAAUGAUAAUAAACGAAGCUACUUUUUUAUAAGA